UUAAAAAAACAGCUGAUGACUGAUGAAAUGUAUGAAUUUCAAUGAAUAUUUUGGUGGUGUACUGUAACAAAUAAGUUUAGUGAUAAAAUAACUUAAAAAUGGCCGAAAUACAAACACUUAUUGAAAUGGGAUUUUCCAAAGAGCGAGCAGAGAAAGCUAUGGCGGUAACGAACUAUAAGGGUGUGGAGCCAGCUAUGGAGUGGUUGUUGGCACACGCUGAUGACCCUGCAAUAGACUCUGCGCCUACCAUUGCUACAUCUACAAGCGCGGAAGCUCCGCCGGCGCCAGUGCCCGAGUCAUCGACCUCGUCUCAAGAGGUGACCAGCGAGGAAGCUGAAGUCAAGUCAUUUAAAUGUGACGUGUGCGGGAAAUUGCUCAAAGAUCAGGAUGAGAUGGAGUACCAUGCUGCCAAGACUGACCACAGCAGCUUCUCAGAGUCGACUGAGGAGAAGAAACCAUUGAGCGAAGAGGAAAAGAAGGCACAACUGCUACUGCUCGAGGAAAGGAUGAAACAGAAGCGAAAAGAAAGAGAGGAGAAAGAAAAGGCUGAAGCACUAGAGCGUGAGAGAAUCCGCAUCAAGUCUGGAAAGGAGAUGCAGGAUGCCCGCCAGCGACUCCAGGAGCAAGAGAUGCAGAAGUUAGUGGAACAACGGCGACGGGAGAAGAUUGAAGACCAGAAGGCACGAGAGAGGGUGCGGGCGCAGAUCGAGGCUGAUAAACAGGCGCGCAAACUAGCAGCAUCAGGGCAGCCGCCGGUGGCCGCGGCCCCGCUGCCGGCCCCGCCGCCGGCCGCCGCGCCCGCGCCCAAGGUCUCGUACGAGCAGGCGCGCAUACAGCUGCGGCUGCCCGACGGGAAGGCGCUCGCGCACACCUUCGGAGCUAAGGAACAGCUCGCUGCUGUCAGAUUGUACCUGCAAAUGAACGCCAGUGAAUACGCUCAACAGGACAGCUUCAAGAUGAUGACCACAUUCCCCAAGAAGAUUUUCACCACGGAAGACUAUGACAAACCUUUGGACUUAUUAGGUCUGGUACCCUCAGCGGUGAUCAUUGUGUCGAAGGGGCAAUAGAUCAUAACAAAUUUACAAGGGAUGUAUUGAUUUAUAAAUGUACUGUAUGGGCUCGGGGCACAGGCACAAUAGUUCAAUUAUAUUAACUCGGAGAUGUGGAAGUGUUGGAAAUAAAGUCUGCGUUGUGUAAAA